AUGAUAGAUUUUAAUAAAAUGUAAAAAUAAAAUAAUACUAAAUCUUCUUUAAAACUUGUAUUAUUCUUUGAUUAAGUGUAUGAUAAAGAAAAUUAAAAUCCAUUAAAUUAAUAUGAUUCGAAUGAUGCUUGUUCUUAUUAAACAAAAAGAUAAAGAAAUUUAGAUUAGCAAGAAAUAAAACAUACUUAAUAUAUAAAUUUACCAAAUAAAAUUGAUUUUUUAUAAGCCAACUGUAAUUUAGAAACAGCCAAGGAAAAUUAAAAACUAUAAAAUGAUCAUGAUUAAGAAAUAAAGUCUUUUGAAUUAAUUUAGUGCUAAGAAAAAGAAGAAUUAUUUUUCGAAGAAUUAAAUAAAAUUAAAGAUGAUAAAAAGUUAAUCCUAACAACUAAGAGGUCUAUUAAAUAAUUAAAAGACUAUGCAAUAGAAUAAGCUACUCAAGAUUAAAUUAGAAAAAUAAUCAAGACAGGUGAUCAAUAAUUAGAAUAAAUGAAUGAAAAAUUUCUAUACGAUUUAGAAAAUUAAAUAUAAAAUAAUUUAGAAUAUUUGAAUGAAAAAUGCAUGAAAAUUAAUGAAGCAAUAAUAUAAAAAAAGAAUGGCAUAAAUACUCUAAGAAAAAGGAAAAUAUUAUUUUAAAAUAAAUAAGAAACCGAAGAUUCUUAAAAAUUUAAAAUUCUAAAUAUAGUUAAGAUUUAAAAAUUCUGA